AUGACGCCAGCUCCGAGGUACCGCGGCCUGCGCAGCACCGGCGCGACCUGCUACCUCAACAGCCUGCUCCAAACGCUCUUCCUGGCGCCCGAGCUGCGCACGCGGCUGUACCAGUCGUCAUCCUCAGCGAACGAAGGCAGUCUUCUGCUGGAACUCCAACUCCUCUUUGCGCGGCUCCAACUACGAACCGACCGGAAGGUCAUCGAUACGACCUCGCUCACGCAGAGCCUUGGCUGGACGUCAACGGACGCUCUGCAGCAGCACGACGUGCACGAGCUGUACCACGUAUUCUUGGAUGCGCUCGACGCCUCUCUUCAAGGCGGGCCGGACAAGAGCCUCGUCAAAGACCUCUACCAAGGCACGCUCAAAGACUCUGUGCAAUGCGUGACGUGUGGCCACGAGAGCAGCCAUCUCGACAGCUUUCUCGAUCUCUCGCUCGGUAUUACAUCCACAGCGACAAGCGUCGAAGAGGCCAUCGCAGCCUUCCUCGCACGUGAGCGUCUCGUCGAGGAAAACCAAAGGAUCUGCGACCUCUGCGGCACCAAGCAAAACGCCAUCAAGCGGCUGUCGCUGGCGCAACUCCCACCUAUUCUCACGCUUCAACUCAAGCGCUUUGCGUGGGACCAUGGCACAUCGAAGCUUACAAACUCGGUCCCACGAUUCCUUCCACGACCGCAGAAGAAGCAGUGA